AUGAAGUCCAAAACGACGCCGUCGGGCUCGGACGAUCCCCGACCCUUGCACUUCCCCGCCGUCCGCCGCCUCUCGCCAUCUCAUUCAUUCCAUUACACAUCUUCCUUAUCCUCCUCCGACGCCACGUCAUCUUCCGACGGCGGAUACAGUAGCAGCAGCAGCGACGCUUUGAGCUUCAAUUUAUCGGAUCGGGGCCUUUACUCCACUCGUCGGAGCGUCUCCUUCAAAUCCCCUUAUUCUGUUUCUUCUUCCUUCUCCAAAUCUCACAAGCAGCCGCCGUCUCUAUCGGCAGCUAGAAGCACCUCCACGCCGGCUAAUUUGAGCAGGGACACGGUGGACUCCUCUCGAGGGCUAGGUUCGCCGAUCAAUAAGCCCAAGCUGAGACACGAAAAUGAUUUGAAGGCUCUGUCUCUCCAAGCCUCGUCAGGGUUGGUUCCGGCAACGUCUGUGGUUUCUGCGCCUAACGAUUCAACUAAUUCGUGCAGUGUUCUGAGGAUUUCGUCCUUCAGAUAUUCUUGGAUGCUCAGUUUUUUCUGCUUCAUUUCACUUUCUUAUGCCAUGUUCUUGCGGAUUGAAGUCGCAAGAUUGCAGGAAGAGAGCACCAACCUCCGCACAUUUUGCAGUCAUGAAAAUGUUGUUGAUAGCAAGGGCAUUGGAAGUUUGGAACUUGAAAAUGAUAGUUCAGCUUUGUAUUUCGGGAAUACCGACUCUAGAGCAAUAGCUCUAUACACAGUUAUUGUUACACUCCUUACACCAUUUGUACUGUAUAAAUAUCUCAAUUAUCUUCCACGAGUCAUAACUCUUUUAAAGAGGGAAAAGGAUGGAAAAGAAGAGGUUCCCCUGAAGAACAGAAUUGCCUAUAUGGUGGACGUUUGUUUCUCUGUCUAUCCUUACGCAAAGCUGCUUGCACUUCUCUUUGCCACUCUAUUUGUCAUUGGGUUCGGAGGCGUGGCACUGUAUGGUGUUAGUGAUAGCAGCUUAGCUGAAGCUCUUUGGCUUUCUUGGACCUUUGUAGCAGAUUCCGGAAGUCAUGCUGAUAGGGUUGGCAUUGGGCCACGGAUUGUUUCAGUUUCUAUAAGCUCAGGAGGCAUGCUAAUUUUUGCCAUGAUGCUGGGGCUUGUUUCAGAUGCUAUUUCAGAGAAGGUGGACUCAUUGCGUAAGGGAAAGAGUGAGGUCAUUGAAAGUAACCAUAUUCUCAUUCUCGGAUGGAGUGACAAGUUGGGUUCACUUUUGAAGCAAUUAGCAAUAGCGAACAAAAGCAUUGGCGGUGGUGUUAUUGUUGUACUUGCAGAAAGGGACAAGGAGGAAAUGGAGAUGGAUAUUGCACAGCUUGAAUUCAACUUAAUGGGAACAUCAGUUAUCUGCAGAAGUGGUAGCCCUCUUAUACUUGCGGACUUAAAAAAGGUCUCUGUCUCUAAGGCACGCGCAAUCAUAGUAUUAGCUUCUGAUGAGAAUGCUGAUCAGAGCGAUGCGCGGGCUCUAAGGGUUGUGCUUAGUUUAACUGGAGUAAAAGAAAGCCUGAGGGGCCAUGUUGUUGUAGAAAUGAGCGAUCUUGACAAUGAACCCUUGGUGAAGCUUGUUGGAGGAGAACUCAUCGAGACAGUAGUUGCUCAUGAUGUGAUUGGACGACUUAUGAUACAGUGUGCUCUCCAGCCUGGCCUUGCACAGAUAUGGGAAGACAUUCUGGGUUUUGAAAAUGCAGAGUUCUAUAUCAAAAGAUGGCCUGAAUUGGAUGGACGUUGUUUUGAGGAUGUUCUCAUCUCUUUCCCCGAUGCAAUUCCUUGUGGAGUUAAAAUAUCUGCUGAGGGUGGAAAGAUCAGAAUAAAUCCAGAUGAUGACUAUGUUAUACGAGAAGGCGACGAAAUCCUUGUAAUAGCUGAGGAUGAUGACACGUAUGCCCCUGCUUCCUUACCAAAGAUAUGGAAGGGCCUAACUCCUAGAAUAACCAAUCCUCCAAAAUUCCCAGAAAAGAUUCUAUUUUGCGGUUGGCGGCGUGACAUUCAGGAUAUGAUAAUGGUAUUGGAAGCAUUUUUGGCUCCAGGAUCAGAAUUAUGGAUGUUCAAUGAGGUACCUGAAAAGGACAGAGAAAAGAAGUUGACUGAUGGUGGACUUGACAUUUCAGGAUUGGUGAACUUGAAACUAGUCCAUCGCGAAGGGAAUGCUGUCAUCCGAAGACAUCUAGAGAGCCUUCCACUUGAGACGUUUGAUUCUAUUUUAAUUCUUGCAGAUGAAUCCGUGGAAGACUCUAUUGUUCACUCUGAUUCGCGAUCUCUUGCCACUCUCCUUCUUAUAAGAGACAUACAGUCAAAGCGGCUUCCUUGCAGAGACGCUAAGUCCCCUUCUCUAAGGCAUUCCGGUUUUUCCCAAAGUUCAUGGAUUCGGGAAAUGCAGCAAGCUUCAGACAAGUCCAUAAUUAUAAGCGAAAUAUUGGAUUCUAGAACAAGAAAUCUUGUGUCUGUGACUAGGAUUAGCGAUUACGUACUAUCAAAUGAGCUGGUAAGCAUGGCUCUAGCCAUGGUGGCAGAGGAUAAACAAAUCAAUCGUGUGUUAGAAGAACUGUUUGCAGAAAAGGGAAAUGAGAUGUGCAUAAAGCCGGGAGAAUUUUAUCUAUAUGACCAGGAAGAAAUCAGUUUCUUUGAGAUAAUGGUUAGAGGGCGCCAAAGAGAGGAGAUUGUGAUAGGAUACCGACUUGCAACAGACGAGCGUGCAGUGAUUAACCCCGUGAGCAAGUUAACACCUCGUAAAUGGUCUAUUGACGAUGUUUUUGUAGUCAUUUCCAAAGGUGAAUGA